CGCACAGCCUUCUGGGUUAUGUGGUUCCUGCCUGUUUUUCCGCGUGGAGGCGGGGCCAUUACCGGUCUCCAUGGCAACGGCUAAGCACCGCCCCGCUGGACGCCUGGAAAUGGAGUAGGGCAGCUGCCGCGGGUUUCCAAGAGCUCCACGGCACUGGUUGAGUCGCCCGGCAGGUUGUCCCGCGUUGGGGAUUCCCAGUUCCUGGCGCCCACCUAAGCAGCCCUGGAGACUAAACCCUGCAGGUGUGAAAGCAGAAACUGCGGAGGUUCCAGAAGGCAACACCAGUGUUCCCGAAAGUGGAGCCAGCGCCACGCGUCUGCAGGGUCUCCAUACCCAGCCUUCGUCCCUGCGGUGCCCGGAGGCUUUGCGCGCAUUUUGCAUUCGGGAAGACAGGUCCUGAGUGCGACCGUCACCCAGCGGAAGUGUGAGGGUUCGGCCCAGCGGCAGGGCUAGCCCUGGCGCCUCCUGUUAUGGCCCUGCCCAGCCCACAGGUUCCAAUGGGGUUGCCAGCGUCGCUGAUGGGCCCGGCGCAGCAUACCUGUUGGCCCUGUGGCUCAGCUGUCCCGACAUUGAAGAGCCUGGUAACCUUUGAAGAUGUGGCUGUAUAUUUCUCCCAGGAGGAGUGGGAGCUCCUUGAUGCAGCCCAGAGGCACCUGUACCACAGAGUGAUGCUGGAAAACCUUGAGCUUGUGACCUCACUUGGUUGUUGGCAUGGAGUAGAGGGUGAGGAGGCCCAUCCCAAGCAGAAUGUUUCUGUAGAAGUGUUACAGGUCAGGAUCCCUAAUGCAGAUCCUUCCACCAAGAAAGCUAACUCCUGUGACAUGUGUGGGCCAUUCUUGAAAGACAUUUUGCACCUGGCUGAGCAUCAGGGAACACACUCUGAGGAGAAACCCUACACAUGUGGAGCAUGUGGGAGAGACUUUUGGUUGAAUGCAAACCUUCACCAGCACCAGAAGGAGCAUAGUGGAGGGAAGCCCUUUAGAUGGUACAAGGACAGGGACGCACUUUUGAAGAGCUCUAAAGUCCACCUGUCAGAGAACCCCUUCACUUGCAGGGAAGGUGGGAAGGUCAUCCUGGGCAGCUGUGACCUCCUCCAGCUUCAAGCUGUUGACAGCGGGCAGAAGCCAUAUUCCAAUCUUGGGCAGCUUCCAGAAGUCUGUACCACACAGAAACUCUUCGAGUGCAGCAACUGUGGAAAAGCCUUCCUGAAGAGCUCCACUCUCCUCAACCAUCUGAGAACUCACUCUGAAGAGAUACCAUUUACAUGCCCAACAGAUGGAAAUUUCUUAGAGGAGAAAUCAAUCCUUGGUAAUCAAAAAUUUCACACUGGGGAAAUACCCCAUGUGUGUAAGGAGUGUGGGAAGGCCUUUAGUCACUCAUCUAAGCUGAGGAAGCACCAGAAAUUUCACACUGAAGUAAAAUAUUAUGAGUGCAUUGCAUGUGGGAAAACCUUCAACCACAAACUCACAUUUGUUCAUCAUCAGAGAAUUCACUCAGGAGAAAGACCUUAUGAGUGCAGUGAAUGUGGGAAAGCAUUCAGUAACAGAUCACACCUCAUUCGGCAUGAGAAAGUUCACACUGGAGAAAGGCCUUUUGAGUGCCUGAAAUGUGGAAGAGCCUUCAGCCAAAGCUCCAAUUUCCUUCGGCAUCAGAAAGUUCACACACAGGUAAGACCUUAUGGGUGCAGUCAAUGUGGUAAAUCCUUCAGCCGAAGCUCUGCUCUCAUUCAGCACUGGAGAGUUCACACUGGAGAAAGACCGUAUGAAUGCAGUGAGUGUGGAAGAGCUUUUAACAAUAACUCCAACCUUGCUCAGCACCAGAAAGUUCACACUGGAGAACGGCCUUUUGAGUGCAGUGAAUGUGGAAGAGACUUCAGCCAAAGCUCCCAUCUCCUUCGACAUCAGAAAGUUCACACUGGAGAACGGCCUUUUGAAUGCAGUGAUUGUGGUAAAGCCUUCGGUAAUAGCUCCACCCUCAUCCAGCACCAGAAAGUACAUACUGGGCAAAGGCCUUAUGAGUGCAGCGAAUGUAGGAAAUCCUUCAGCCGCAGCUCCAGCCUGAUUCAGCACUGGAGAAUUCACACUGGAGAAAAGCCUUAUGAGUGUAGUGAGUGUGGGAAAGCCUUUGCUCACAGCUCCACUCUCAUUGAACACUGGAGAGUUCACACAAAAGAAAGGCCUUAUGAGUGCAAUGAAUGUGGGAAAUUCUUUAGCCAAAACUCCAUUCUCAUUAAGCAUCAGAAAGUUCAUACUGGAGAAAAGCCUUAUAAAUGCAGUGAAUGUGGGAAAUUCUUUAGCCGAAAAUCUAGUCUUAUUUGUCACUGGAGAGUUCACACUGGAGAAAGGCCUUAUGAAUGCAGUGAAUGUGGGAGAGCCUUUAGCAGUAACUCCCACCUGGUUCGUCAUCAGAGAGUUCACACACAAGAAAGGCCCUAUGAGUGCAUCCAGUGUGGAAAAGCCUUUAGUGAAAGAUCUACACUUGUUCGGCACCAGAAAGUUCACACCAGAGAAAGGACUUAUGAGUGUAGCCAGUGUGGGAAACUCUUCAGCCAUCUUUGUAACCUUGCACAGCAUAAAAAGAUUCAUACCUGAGUAGAGCCUUAUGGAAGUGGUCUUUGUGAGAAAAUCUUCAGCCAAGUCAAACUUCAUGCAGCAGAAUCCCCAUACCAGAAAAAUUACCUACAUGUACUGCUAAUGUGGAAAAGCCUUCAGAAGCUACUCUGUUUCUGACCAGCCCAGGAACCUUUGCAGGGCCAUCUCACCCAUGCAGCAUAAGGCAAAAGCCAUAGUCACUUUCCAUCUUGCCUGGAUCCAAAAGGUUUGCAGCAGUCCUGUCCUCAUGCAUGGGGAAAACUGUACCCUGAGCCUUCCUUCCUGUGUCCUCUAGGGAUUCAGGACUGUCCUCAGCUCAAUGGAAUGGUUUAAUUCCCAUUGCCUCUGAGAGGGUUAGGCAGUGAACUGAACCGAUGCUGGUUGAGGGGCCUUGAGGGAAAUCUAAUUUGAGCUCAGGAAGAUGCACAUUCCUUGUGGAUGUGGUCAAGUCUGUGUUUAACCCCUAAGAUGUGUCCAUUGAGACCACAAAUCACCCUCCACUGGAAUCACCUACCUUGCCUGCACUAACUGGUGAUAAUAAAGACCUUAUUGAUCAGGUCA